CAGUAUGCUUGGGAGUCAUCAGCUGGAGGAUCUUUCACUGUCAGACUGGAUAACGGUGAACCUUUGGGUCGUGGAACAAAAGUCAUCCUGCAUCUUAAAGAAGAUCAAACUGAAUACCUGGAAGAACGGCGAAUCAAGGAAAUUGUGAAAAAGCAUUCUCAGUUCAUUGGCUAUCCUAUUACACUCUUUGUGGAGAAGGAACGUGAUAAGGAAGUGAGUGAUGAUGAGGCUGAGGAAAAGGAAGAGGAAAAAGAAGAGAAGGAGGAAAAGACAGAAGAUAAACCAGAGAUAGAGGAUGUUGGCUCUGAUGAAGAGGAAGAAAAGAAGGAUGGAGACAAGAAGAAGAAAAAGAAGAUUAAGGAGAAGUAUAUUGAUCAGGAAGAGCUCAACAAGACCAAGCCCAUUUGGACCAGGAACCCAGAUGACAUAACUAAUGAGGAAUAUGGGGAAUUCUACAAGAGUCUAACGAAUGACUGGGAAGACCACUUGGCUGUCAAACACUUCUCUGUGGAAGGGCAGUUGGAAUUCAGAGCUCUCCUGUUUGUCCCACGGCGUGCACCCUUCGAUCUGUUUGAAAACAGGAAGAAGAAGAACAACAUCAAGCUGUAUGUACGCAGAGUUUUCAUCAUGGACAACUGUGAGGAACUGAUUCCUGAAUAUCUGAAUUUCAUGAGAGGUGUGGUGGACUCUGAGGAUUUACCUCUGAAUAUUUCUCGUGAAAUGCUGCAGCAGAGCAAGAUCUUGAAAGUGAUCCGGAAGAACUUAGUGAAGAAGUGCCUAGAACUUUUCACUGAGUUGGCUGAAGACAAAGAGAAUUACAAAAAGUUUUAUGAGCAGUUCUCCAAGAACAUCAAGCUUGGUAUCCAUGAAGACUCCCAGAACCGCAAGAAGCUGUCAGAAUUACUGAGGUAUUACACAUCUGCAUCUGGUGAUGAAAUGGUUUCUCUGAAGGACUACUGCACUCGGAUGAAGGAAAACCAGAAACAUGUCUACUACAUUACUGGUGAAACAAAAGAUCAGGUGGCCAACUCCGCUUUUGUGGAGCGUCUUCGCAAACACGGCCUGGAAGUGAUCUACAUGAUUGAGCCUAUUGAUGAGUACUGUGUGCAGCAGCUGAAGGAAUUUGAAGGCAAGACCCUCGUUUCUGUAACAAAAGAGGGUUUGGAGCUUCCAGAAGAUGAGGAAGAGAAAAAGAAACAGGAGGAGAAGAAAGCCAAGUUUGAAAACCUUUGCAAAAUAAUGAAAGAUAUCCUUGAAAAGAAAGUAGAAAAGGUGGUUGUGUCUAAUCGUUUAGUUACUUCUCCAUGCUGUAUUGUAACAAGUACGUAUGGCUGGACUGCCAAUAUGGAAAGGAUCAUGAAAGCGCAGGCACUGAGAGACAACUCUACAAUGGGAUACAUGGCAGCAAAGAAACAUCUGGAGAUUAAUCCUGAUCAUUCCAUCAUUGAAACACUGAGGCAGAAAGCAGAGGCUGAUAAGAACGACAAGUCCGUGAAGGAUCUUGUCAUCUUGCUGUAUGAGACAGCUCUCCUGUCCUCUGGCUUCAGUUUAGAAGAUCCUCAGACGCAUGCCAACCGCAUUUACAGAAUGAUCAAACUUGGCCUGGGCAUUGAUGAAGAUGAUACUGCUGCAGAAGAAGCUAGUCCAGCAGUUACUGAGGAGAUGCCGCCUCUUGAAGGAGAUGAUGACACAUCACGCAUGGAGGAGGUGGAUUAAAACCGUUUACAGGAACUCAUGAAUGUUUCCUUGGCUAAUACGAAUAAGUUAUAUUUUGUAUAUUAUGAAUGUUACCUGCCAAAAAAAAAAAUCUGACACUUUGUCUGCAUUCCCUCUUUAUAUUUAUUUUCAAAGAUGUUAUACCUUUAUUUUUGUUACAUUGCUUUUUCAGCUGAUGUGAGAUACAAAUGCCAUUGAGGGAAUAUUUUCUUUAACACUGUACAACCCUAAACAGGCAAGUAAGGAGUGGUUAUUUUUGUCUGUAUUAGCUGGUUGCAGGUGGCAGGGUUUUUGACUUAUUCUUAAUUGCCAGAAAUGUGGGAAAGAAGUAACAAAGAUGGUAUGACAUCAGGAUGUUCAAGUUUGUUUAGUGUUACUACAGCUCUUCAACUCUAAAUACGUCUAACAUACAGUACCUAGUAACUAGGUAUCUUGGAGAGCUGAAAUACUUGGGGAAGCUUUAACUCUUCUGCUCCUAACAAGGUCUUGAUGUUUAAAGUUGUUUUUUAUACUGUUUAAGGAUUCUGGAUUGCACUCUACCAUAGAAUAGAAUCCACUGUAAAUCUCUAUUGUGACUUAUGCAACUCUGCAUGUACAGUUCAAACCUAGAACUGUAAGAAUAAAAGUGUUAAGAAUGA